UUCAAGCAAUAGCACGAACAUCAGAAAAUUGGAGAAGCCUCGAGCAUAUGAGCAGAGGUAGCUGAGGGUAGGGAUGGCGAGAAUUACAGAAAUCAAAGAGGGCAAACACAGAGAGAGAGAGACAGAGUUCAUAGCGAACAAAUGAUUAACCUGGUAGGCAGUGGAAAAUACAUGAUUUUCCAUGGAACAUGCAGACAUCUUCAAAAAACAGGACAUUGAGUUUUCAAAGUUUUGGAAAUUAGUGUAAUAGUUGAUUUAGAGUGAAUCAAAUUGCUGUUCACACCAUUGCCAUCACCUUGCCGUUGUGAAGACAGACAUGGAUAAAGUUCUCAAAGCUGAUAGAAAAUUGAAAGCACUGGCAUCCUGUGACGAUGAUCUCUUCAAACAAGUCGCUGAACCCACAGAUUUAUGUGACCAACGAAGCCUGAGCCUUUUGCUUCACGAUGCAGUCCAGAUCCCUCGGCAGCUGGGUGAGGUAGCUUCAUUUGGAGGCAGCAGCAACAUUGAACCAAGUAUCCGCAGUUGCUUCCAACAUGGCCAGAACAAACCAGAGAUUGAUGUUGAACACUUUGUAGAGUGGAUGAGAUUGGAGCCUCACUCCAUGGUGUGGCUGCCUGUUCGACACCGUGUGGCAGCUGCUGAAACUGCAAAACAUCAGGCUAAGUGCAACAUCUGCAAAGAGUACCCAAUCGUAGGUUUCAGGGAAAAAAGCCUUGAAAGUGCCGUUAAUGUUUUGCAUGGCGAGCUGCUGAAUACGAACCAGUCUCACACCAUUACCAUCACCUUGCCCUUGUGAAGGCAGAUAUGGAUAAAGUUUUCAAAGCUGAUAGAAAAUUGAAAGCACUCACAUCCUGUGACGAUGAACCUACCCUGGAAGAGAGAGCCCAGAGAAUUGCCAAAGCUGUCCGCAAACAGUCAAUAGAAAUGAAGGAAAAUUGGGAGCAAUUGAAAACCCGUGCGAGCAACUGGCAGAAACAGGUGGAAAAGGCGUUGGAGAAACUUCAAGAACUGCAGAAAGCUCUGGAUGAUCUUGAGGCUCAUGUGAUAACAGCUGAGGGGGUCCGCACUGAUUGGCAACCUGUGGGUGACCUGCUUAUUGACUCAUUGCAGGGUCACAUUGAUAAAACCACAAUGACCCUUGUAGAGUCACGUCAAGCCAAUUUUCAAAGAAAGCACUCUGAUUGUUCCACUCAUACCCCUGGAAAAGGAAGUUGCAGAACGUCACUGACUGACUUUACUUAUUUGAAUACAGCGUAAGGUACAUAGAACAUCGAACAGUACAGGCCCUUCAGCCCACAAUGUUGUGCCGAACUUUUACCCUAAACCUCAGGUCUAUCUAACCUCCACCCCUCUCUUAAACUGCCUGUCUAAUAGUCACUUAAAUGCCCCGAAUGAGGCCGACUCCACAACCUGC